UGUGUUCCUCUGCAUGGCUUUGAUAACUUCUCAACCCAAAACAAAAUUUGGUCUUUUUUUGUCAUUACAUGUACUUUGCUUAUUUGCUCCAUUCAAUUUCGAUUGGUCAGCUUUUUGGGUUGCUGUUUUACUUUAUGCUGUGACUGGACUUUUUGGAAUCACACUCUCUUUCCAUAGGAAUCUUUCUCAUAAAAGCUUUAAGCUUCCCAAAUGGCUUGAAUAUUUCUUUGCUUAUUGUGGAGUUCAUGCUAUUCAGGGUGAUCCAAUUGAAUGGGUAAGUAUUCAUAGAUAUCAUCAUCGGUUUUGUGACUCUGAGAAGGACCCUCAUAGCCCAAUUAAAGGAUUUUGGUUUGGUCAUAUGGGUUGGAUAUUUGAUAUUAAUUCUUUUGUAAAAAAGUAUGGAGAACCAACAAAUAUUGGUGAUUUAAAGAAACAAUCGUUUUAUAGAUUUAUUAGACGCACUUACAUUUUGCAUCCAUUGGCUAUGGGAGCUCUUCUAUAUGCGGUUGGUGGAUUUCCUUUUCUUGUUUGGGGAAUGGGUGUGAGAAGUGUUUGGGUUUACCGCAUCACUUGGUUUGUAAACUCAGCUUGCCAUCUUUGGGGAAGUCAGCCAUGGAAUACAAGGGACUUAUCUAGAAAUAAUUGGUGGGUGGCUUUGCUUGCAUUUGGUGAAGGUUGGCACAAUAACCACCAUGCAUUUGAGUAUUCAGCUAGACAUGGUUUAGAGUGGUGGCAAGUAGACAUGACUUGGUACUUGGUGAAGUUUCUUCAAGCUAUUGGUUUGGCAACAGAGGUUAAAGUACCAAGUGAGAGUCAAAAGCAGAGAAUGGCUUUGAAGAAGAAUGAUGUAGCCACAUGAAACAAGGAGUACAAUAAUAAAAAUGAAAGAUAAAAUGAUUUGAGAGAUAUUUGAAGAUGACAUUAAUUUAUGUGUUUUCGUUUCUUUUCUUUCUACUUAAUGUGGAUUCUAU